ACAGACACAAGUAGAGAGAGAGAGAGACGGUGCCCCAGUGAGGUUUCUGCACCGAACUCCUAGUUACCGAUCAACCUUCAUCUAUAUCUAUAUACACUCACAGCUUUCAAUAGCUCUGGAGCAAUCGAUGUGUGCGAGAUUGGGCUAGGGUUUUGAGGGGUGACAUGGCGAGCACAUCGCAAUCGAUUCGUUUCAGCGGCCCGGGAACCGGUUCCGGCGCCGGAAACCUAGAUGCGCUUAACCGGGUCCUCGCUGACCUAUGCACCAGAACCAACUAUCCCAAGGAUGGUGCUGCAUUAGCUUUAAAGAAACAUGUGGACGAAGAAGCCCGAGAUCUUAGUGGAGAAGCAUUUUUUCGUUUUAUGGAUCAGUUAUAUGAUCGUAUUACCAGUCUGUUAGAGAGUAAUGAUGUUGCUGAAAAUUUGGGAGCAUUAAGGGCAAUUGAUGAGUUGACAGAUCUGUCACUUGGUGAGAAUUCCUCCAAGGUUUCAAGGUUCUCUAAUUACAUGCGAAGUGUGUUUGAGGUGAAGCGUGAUCGUGACAUUUUAAUCCUUGCUAGUCAAGUUCUUGGCCAUCUAGCCAGGUUUGGUGGGGCAAUGACAGCAGAUGAAGUGGAAUGGCAGGUGAAAAAUGCACUGGAGUGGCUUCAUGGUGAAAGAGUUGAGUAUCGUCGUUUUGCUGCUGUCUUGAUCUUGAAAGAAAUGGCUGAAAAUGCUUCAACUGUCUUCAAUGUACAUGUACCUGAAUUUGUGGAUGCUAUAUGGGUUGCAUUGAGGGAUCCAACACUAGCUGUUCGAGAGCAGGCUGUAGAGGCAUUGCGUGCUUGCCUGCGUGUCAUUGAGAAGCGUGAAACGCGUUGGCGUGUGCAAUGGUACUACCGUAUGUUUGAGGCUACACAAGAUGGGUUAGGUAGAAAUGCCCCUAUUCACAGCAUACAUGGUUCUCUACUUGCAGUUGGCGAGCUCUUGAGGAAUACGGGUGAGUUCAUGAUGUCGAGGUACAGGGAAGUUGCAGAAAUUGUUCUCAGAUACCUAGAGCAUAGGGAUCGGCUUGUUCGCCUCAGCAUAACUUCACUGUUACCUCGCAUUGCUCAUUUCUUGCGUGAUCGUUUUGUUACAAACUAUCUAGCGAUAUGCAUGGAUCAUUUUUUCGCAGUUCUUAAAACACCUGCCGAACGUGCCAGUGGAUUUGUUGCUCUUGGCGAGAUGGCUGGUGCUUUGGAUGGUGAACUUGUCCACUACUUGCCGACAAUAACAGCUCACUUGCGCGAUGCGAUUGCGCCUCGUAGAGGGAAACCCUCACUUGAGGCUUUGUCGUGUGUUGGAAGCAUAGCAAAAGCCAUGGGGUCUGCUAUGGAACCUCAUGUUCGUGGUCUUUUGGAUGCUAUGUUUUCUGCUGGUCUUUCCACUACUCUAGUAGAAGCUCUUGAGAAAAUAACCGUCAGUACCCCUUCUUUGCUGCCUAGUAUUCAAGAUCAGUUGCUGGAUUGCAUUUUGGGAGUUCUUUCAAAAUCUUAUGCCCAGGCAAGGCCACCUGUUGUUGCCCAGAAUCGAGGAAAUGUGACGAAUACCCUUCAGCAAGUAGCAGAACUUAGUGGUUCUUCUCUAGUGCAACUUUCUUUGCAAACUCUUGCAUGUUUUAAUUUCAAGGGACACGAUCUUCUUGAGUCUGCGAGGGAUAUUGUUGUAGUAUAUUUGGAAGAUGAGGACGGAGCUAUAAGAAAGGAUGCUGCCUUGUGUUGCUGCGUAUUGGUGGCAAAUUCCUUCUCUGGCAUGGCUUGUGCACGAUUUAGGUCCAGUCGCACUGGGGGAAAGCGACAACGUCUUGUUGAAGAGAUUGUGGAAAAGCUUCUUAUUACAGCUGUGGCAGAUGCUGAUGUUACUGUUCGGCAUUCUAUAUUUUCCUCUCUGCGUGAAAAUGGAGGAUUUGAUGAUUUCUUGGCACAGGCUGAUAGUUUGAGUGCUAUUUUUGCUGCAUUAAAUGAUGAGGAUUUUGAAGUACGGGAAUAUGCAAUUUCUGUCACUGGGAGGUUAUCUGAAAAGAAUCCAGCAUAUGUUCUUCCUGCACUUCGUCGCCAUCUUAUUCAGUUGUUGACAUAUCUAAAGCAAAGUGUAGAUAGCAAGUGUAGAGAAGAAAGUGCGAAAUUGCUGGGGUGCUUAAUUCGCAGCUGCGAACGGUUAAUACUUCCAUAUAUUGCUCCAAUACACAAGGCACUUGUGGCAAAACUCUGUGAGGGAACUGGGGUGAAUGCUAAUCAUGGAAUUAUAAGUGGAGUUCUUGUGACUGUUGGGGAUCUUGCUAGAGUGGGUGGUUUUGCAAUGAGACAAUACAUUCCCGAACUUAUGCCGUUAAUUGUUGAGGCCUUGUUGGAUGGAGCUGCUGCCACCAAACGUGAGGUGGCUGUGGCCACUCUUGGUCAAGUUGUGCAGAGUACAGGGUACGUUAUAACUCCAUAUAAUGAAUACCCACUAUUGCUUGGUUUACUGUUGAAAUUGCUGAAUGGUGAGCUAGCAUGGUCCACCAGACGAGAAGUUUUAAAGGUUCUCGGCAUUAUGGGUGCCUUGGAUCCUCAUUUACAUAAGCGCAAUCAGCAAAGGUUGUCAGGGUCACAUGGUGAAGUUACCCAUGCAGCCAGUGAUUCAGGUCAACACAUCCAGUCUAUGGAUGAAUUGCCUAUGGACCUCUGGCCAUCUUUUGCAACAUCAGAAGAUUAUUUUUCCACGGUUGCUAUCAAUUCUCUCGUGCGGAUUCUUAGGGAUGCUUCACUAUCUAGUUACCACCAAAAAGUGGUUGGAUCUCUCAUGUUCAUAUUCAAGUCAAUGGGUCUUGGCUGUGUCCCAUACUUGCCAAAGGUUUUGCCUGAUCUUUUUCAUACUAUCAGUACAUGUGACGAUGGUCUGAAGGAAUAUAUAACGUGGAAGCUUGGAACCCUGGUAUCUAUUGUGCGUCAGCAUAUUAGGAAAUAUCUGCCAGAGUUACUCUCUCUGAUAGCUGAAUUAUGGUCAUCCUUUAGUUUGCCAGCUGCUAACCGUCCCGUGCAUGGUUCCGCGAUUUUGCAUCUACUGGAACAAUUAUGCUUGGCCCUCAAUGACGAAUUCAGAAAGCAUCUUCCUGUUAUUCUUCCGUGUUGUAUUCAAGUCCUCAGUGAUGCUGAACGCUUUAAUGACUACACUUAUGUCCUUGAUAUUCUCCACACACUUGAAGUGUUUGGUGGGACACUGGAUGAACAUAUGCAUCUACUACUUCCUGCACUCAUACGAUUAUUUAAUGUGGAUGCUUCUGUGGAUAUAAGACGCGCCGCUAUCAAGACUCUUACAAGAUUGAUCCCUCGUGUGCAGGUUAUUGGUCACAUAUCAGCCCUUGUGCGUCACUUGAAGCUAGUCUUGGAUGGGAAAAGUGAUGGGCUCCGGAAAGAUGCCGUUGAUGCACUUUGUUGUCUAGCUCAUGCUCUUGGGGAAGACUUCACUAUUUUUAUUCCAUCAAUUCACAAACUUCUGUUGAAACAUCGCUUGCGUCACAAGGAAUUUGAGGAAAUUGAAGGGCGUUUGCAGAGGCGAGAACCUCUAAUCUUGGGGUGCCCUGCUGCUGAAAGAUUUAAUCGACAUCUUGCUGUUGAAGUUAUUAGUGACCCUCUAAAUGAUGUGGAGAAUGACCCUUAUGAUGAUGGGAUUGGUGUGCACAGACAACAUAAAAUCCAUAAGGUCAAUGAUGUUAGACUUCGCUCUGCUGGGGAAGCUUCUCAGCGCAGUACAAAAGAAGAUUGGGCAGAAUGGAUGAGGCAUUUUAGCAUUGAACUUCUGAAGGAAUCACCUUCUCCAGCUUUACGAACCUGUGCUAGGCUUGCACAGUUGCAGCCUUUUGUUGGGCGGGAACUGUUUGCAGCUGGAUUUGUCAGCUGUUGGUCACAACUGUCUGAGACUAUUCAAAAACAGCUAGUUCGGAGUUUAGAGAUGGCAUUUUCUUCUCCAAAUAUUCCUCCUGAAAUUCUUGCGACACUUCUUAACUUGGCGGAGUUCAUGGAACAUGAUGAAAAACCUCUUCCUAUAGACAUCCGUCUACUUGGGGCUCUUGCAGAUAAAUGUCGAGCAUUUGCAAAGGCUUUGCAUUAUAAGGAGAUGGAAUUUGAAGGUGCACGCUCAAAAAAGAUGGACGCAAAUCCUGUUGCUGUCGUAGAAGCGCUUAUACAUAUAAACAGUCAAUUAUAUCAGCAUGAGGCUGCAGUUGGAAUAUUGACCUAUGCCCAGCAGCAUUUGGAUGUUCAGCUGAAGGAGUCAUGGUAUGAGAAAUUGCAGCGGUGGGAUGACGCUCUCAAAGCAUAUACUGCCAAAGCUUCACAAUCAUUGAGUCCACAUCUUGUUUUGGAUGCUACACUAGGACGGAUACGAUGCCUGGCUGCAUUGGCUCGUUGGGAAGAGCUUAAUAACCUGUGCAAAGAAUUUUGGACCUCAGCUGAGCCAGCUGCUCAACUGGAAAUGGCUCCACUGGCUGCUAGUGCUGCAUGGAACAUGGGAGAAUGGGAUCAGAUGGCAGAGUAUGUAUCUCGACUGGAUGAUGGUGAUGAAACCAAACUACGGGUUUUGGGCAACACUAGUGCUACUGGUGAUGGAAGUAGUAAUGGUGCAUUUUUUAGGGCUGUUUUAUUAGUUCGUAAGGGGAAGUAUGGUGAAGCACGUAAAUUUGUUGAGAGAGCAAGGGAAUGUUUAGCUACUGAGCUUGCUGCUUUGGUUCUAGAGAGCUAUGAUCGUGCAUACAGCAAUAUGGUUCGUGUUCAACAGCUGUCAGAAUUAGAGGAGGUCAUUGAUUACUGUACUCUUCCUGUGGGAAACACUGUCGCUGAAGGGCGACGUGCACUCAUACGUAAUAUGUGGAAUGAGCGCAUACAAGGUGCAAAACGAAAUGUAGAGGUUUGGCAAGCACUUUUGGCAGUUAGGGCACUUGUACUGCCACCUAAAGAAGACAUUGAUACUUGGAUUAAGUUUGCUUCUCUUUGCCAAAAAAGUGGCCGAAUUAGUCAGGCUAAAUCUACAUUAAUUAAACUUCUACGGUUUGACCCUGAAACAUGCCUUGAAAAUAUACGGUAUCAUGGUCCUCCGCAAGUGAUGCUAGCAUACUUAAAAUACCAAUGGUCACUUGGAGAGGACCAUAAGCGUAGGGAAGCCUUCGCUAAACUGCAGGAUCUAGCCAUAGAGAUUUCAACCUCACCUAACAUUGAACCAGUUACAUCAACUGGUUUAUUGGGUGUGUCAAAUGUUCCGCUUAUUGCCCAAGUAUAUCUCGAACUUGGAACUUGGCAGUGGGCACUUUCUCCUUUACUGGAUGAUGAUUCUAUAGAAGAAAUCUUGAAUGCAUUCAGAAAUGCCACUCACUACGCAUCAAAGUGGGCAGAAGCAUGGCAUUCAUGGGCUCUAUUUAAUACUGCAGUGAUGUCUAUUUAUACUGUAAGAGGUUUUCCUACUAUUGCAGCACAGUUUGUUGUUGCGGCAGUCACUGGAUACUUUCACUCCAUAGCAUGUGCUGCUAAUGCAAAGGGUGUGGAUGACAGUUUACAGGAUAUACUUCGUCUUCUCACAUUGUGGUUCAACCAUGGAGCUACAGCAGAGGUUCAAAUGGCAUUGCAAAAGGGAUUUGAACAUGUUAAUAUCAACACUUGGUUGGCUGUUUUGCCUCAGAUAAUUGCUAGGAUACAUUCAAACAACCAUGCUGUGAGAGAACUUAUACAAUCACUUUUAGUGCGAAUUGGGCAGAGCCAUCCACAGGCGCUUAUGUACCCUCUUCUUGUGGCAUGUAAAUCAAUAAGCAAUACACGUAAAGCUGCAGCUCAAGAAGUGGUUGACAAAGUUCGGCAGCAUAGUGGUGUACUUGUGGAUCAGGCACAACUGGUAUCGAAUGAGUUAAUCAGGGUCGCAAUACUUUGGCAUGAGAUGUGGCAUGAGGCACUGGAAGAAGCCAGUCGUUUAUAUUUCGGUGAACAUAACAUUGAGGGUAUGCUGAAGGUGUUAGAGCCAUUGCAUGAAGUCCUCGAGGAAGGGGCAAUGAGAAACAACACAACCAUGAAAGAGAAGGCUUUCAUCCAGGCAUACCACCAUGAAUUAUUGGAAGCCUACGAAUGCUGCAUGAAAUAUAAGAAAACUGGAAAAGAUGCAGAACUUACACAGGCAUGGGAUCUGUAUUAUCAUGUCUUCAGACGGAUAGAAAAGCAGCUUCAAACUCUCACUAGCCUGGACCUGCAGUCUGUUUCCCCUGAAUUGGUAGAGUGCCAAAAUUUGGAGCUUGCUGUUCCUGGCACUUACCGAGCAGAUUCUCCACUGGUUACAAUUGCAUCAUUUGCACCUGAGCUUGUUAUCAUAACAUCUAAACAGCGACCACGGAAAUUGACAAUUCAUGGGAGUGAUGGAGAAGAUUAUGCCUUCCUCCUUAAGGGGCAUGAAGAUUUACGCCAAGAUGAACGAGUCAUGCAGCUCUUUGGUUUGGUGAACACACUUCUGGAAAAUUCCAGAAACACUGCAGAGAAGGAUCUUUCUAUUCAAAGAUAUGCUGUCAUUCCAUUGUCUCCAAACAGUGGAUUAAUAGGAUGGGUACCGAAUUGUGACACCCUGCACCAGCUCAUUCGGGAGUAUAGAGAUGCUAGAAAGAUCACCUUAAAUCUAGAGCACAAACACAUGCUUAAUUUUGCUCAAGAUUAUGACCAUUUGCCACUUAUAGCUAAAGUGGAGGUGUUUGAGUAUGCUCUGCAAAAUACUGAAGGAAAUGACCUGGCACGGGUGCUUUGGUUAAAAAGUCGCACUUCUGAGAAUUGGCUGGACAGGAGGACAAAUUAUACUAGAAGCUUGGCUGUCAUGAGCAUGGUUGGUUACCUUCUUGGCUUAGGUGAUCGACACCCUAGCAACAUAAUGUUGCAUCGUUACAGUGGGAAGAUAUUGCACAUUGAUUUUGGAGACUGUUUUGAAGCUUCAAUGAACCGGGAGAAGUUCCCUGAAAAGGUUCCAUUCCGACUGACUAGAAUGCUUGUGAAAGCUAUGGAGGUUAGCGGUAUUGAAGGCAACUUCCGUUCAACGUGCGAAAAUGUGAUGCAGGUUCUCAGAGCAAAUAAGGAUAGUGUCAUGGCUAUGAUGGAGGCCUUCGUUCAUGAUCCUCUGAUAAACUGGCGUCUUUUCAACUGCAAUGAAGUCCCUCAAAUAUCAACUAUUGUGGGUGCUCAUGUGCCCCCAGUUGUGAACAGUGAAGAAAUUGCUCCAAACGGAGAGCUGCUUCAACCUCAACGGGGUGCUCGGGAGAGGGAACAACUUCAGGCUGUCAAUCAACUAGGUGAUGCUAAUGGGGUCUUGAUUGAGCGUGCUGUGGUUGUUAUGGCUCGGAUGAGUAAUAAGCUUACAGGUCGUGAUUUUUCAACUUCUUCUUCGGUAUCAACCAACUCUAUCUAUCAUGCAGUAGACCACGAUACCUUGAUUUCUGGAGAUACUCGCGAAGUUGAACAUGGUUUAUCUGUUAAAUUACAAGUUCAAAAGCUGAUACUGCAAGCUUCAUCUCAUGAAAAUUUGUGCCAAAAUUAUGUCGGUUUACUUGUUACAGGUGGUGUCCUUUUUGGUAACUGGAAGACUCAACCAGAUUGUAGAUAUCAUGUACAUAGCUGUGAGGGUCAUUUCUUUUUUCUUUUACCAUUUUUCCUAUUUAUUAAACGUGUAUAUAUCUGCUCCCUACAAAUGAGAGGUUAUGUUUGGAUCUUAGGCUUAAGCAGGGAUUUGUGGAAGGAAAGGUAAAAAGAAGGGAAAAGUGAAAGAAAUAUAAACUAAUUUUUUGUCAUUUUUCUUUUACUUUUUCCUUCCUUUCUACAAUUUCCUCCUUAAAUCUCAAAUUCAAUGCACAACCAUGGGAUUUUUUAGAUUAUGCCCACGAUGGCAAUUGAUGGAUUUUGAGUGGUGAGGAGGAUAUUGUAUUCCAAGGAUAUCUUUGGAUCAUGAAUUUGUGAAGGAUUUAUCAAGGAAAGGAAAAUGAUAGGGAUACCAACUAAAUGAAUUUAGUUUCUUCCUUAAUUUUUCUUCUUGUAUUGUCUUUUACUUUUUCUUUCUCUACCUGAAUUCCUUCACAAAUCCAUCAGUCCAAGAGAGGAAUGACAGGUACAUACCUAGCUGACUGACAAAAGUGCCAUUCAUGCUGACAUUCAAAAAUGUACAUGCUUUGUGUCAUGGAUUCAGUGUUAUCAUAGAGCUAUGUGAAUCAUGUACCAAUCAAUUUGUUUUGCAAAGCAAUUUGAUAAUCAUUGUCUA